CCCCCCUAUAAAUUCAACAUCGCACGGUCCUUCCCCAAUUGAUCUAAAGCACGGUCCCAGCCGUGACGUCCUCCUUUUCAACCGAGAUCUGCUUCCGUUCAGAGCUCCUCGGCAUUGUCCACACGGCUCGCCGUCUUUCACGUCCAAAAACUAACGAGUGAAAUCUAGUCAACCAACAACAUGGGAAAGGAAAAGAUUCACAUCAACAUCGUGGUCAUCGGCCAUGUCGACUCUGGCAAGUCCACCUCCACCGGUCACUUGAUCUACAAGUGCGGUGGCAUCGACAAGCGUACCAUUGAGAAGUUCGAGAAGGAAGCCGCUGAGAUGGGCAAGGGCUCCUUCAAGUACGCCUGGGUGCUGGACAAGCUGAAGGCCGAGCGUGAACGUGGUAUCACCAUCGAUAUCGCCCUGUGGAAGUUCGAGACCACCAAGUACUAUGUGACUGUCAUUGAUGCCCCCGGACAUCGUGAUUUCAUCAAGAACAUGAUCACAGGAACCUCGCAGGCUGACUGUGCCGUGCUGAUUGUGGCUGCUGGUACUGGUGAGUUCGAGGCUGGUAUCUCCAAGAACGGCCAGACCCGUGAGCACGCCCUGCUGGCCUACACCCUGGGUGUCAAGCAGCUCAUCGUGGGAGUCAACAAGAUGGACUCCACCGAGCCCCCCUACUCCGCUGAUCGUUUCACUGAGAUCACCAAGGAAGUGAGCACAUACAUCAAGAAGGUUGGCUACAACCCCAAGGCUGUCGCCUUUGUCCCCAUCUCUGGUUGGCAUGGAGACAACAUGUUGGAGCCCUCCGAGAAGAUGGGAUGGUACAAGGGGUGGGCCAUCGAGCGCAAGGAGGGCAACGCCUCCGGCAAGACCUUGUUUGAGGCCCUGGACUCCAUCCUGCCCCCCAAGAGGCCCACUGACAAGCCUCUCCGUCUGCCCCUGCAGGAUGUCUACAAGAUUGGCGGUAUCGGAACUGUGCCCGUCGGCCGUGUGGAGACUGGUAUCCUGAAGCCAGGCGUUGUGGUCACCUUUGCUCCCGUCAACCUCACCACUGAGGUGAAGUCUGUGGAGAUGCACCACGAGUCUCUGCCUGAGGCCCUGCCCGGUGACAAUGUUGGCUUCAAUGUCAAGAACGUGUCCGUCAAGGAGAUCAAGCGUGGCAUGGUCGCUGGUGACAGCAAGAACGACCCACCCAAGGAGGCCGAGAGCUUCACUGCUCAGGUUAUUGUCAUGAACCACCCUGGUGAGAUCCACAACGGCUAUGCGCCCGUGCUGGAUUGCCAUACCGCCCACAUCGCUUGCAAGUUCGCCGAGCUUAAGGAAAAGAUCGACCGUCGUUCCGGCAAGAAGCUGGAAGACAACCCCAAGAUGGUCAAGUCCGGAGAUGCCGCUAUCGUCGAGAUGACCCCCUCCAAGCCCAUGUGUGUGGAAACCUUCUCCGAGUACCCACCCCUGGGUCGUUUCGCCGUGCGCGACAUGAAGCAGACCGUGGCCGUCGGCGUCAUCAAGGCCGUGAAGAAGACCGACCGCGCCGGGAAGACCACCAAGGCCGCCCAGAAGGCCACCGGCGGCAAGAAGAAGUGAUGGUCGCUGCACUUUACUCCACCUUCCGUCACAUCCAAGGAUGGAUACAUGUACACAGUAGCUUCCAAAAAGGUCAACCCAAAAGCAUUUUGUUCGAGAAUCGUAGCUUUUGUUUCAGCCAUUGGCUGGUUAUUCCAUAGCCGAAAGCUUCAUCGAAAGCACUUCCGUAGGAAAAGGGGCACAAGUUGACCAUCGUCAAUUGAGGAUCUUAACUCUAGUUAAGUGUCUAUCAAACGGAUAGCUUCCUCCUCUAUACCAACUUCUUUGUUAGCUUGAAGGUACUAUGGUGCCAUCUGUUUUAACUUCUUUAAAUUGCUAAACCGGCAAAAUCAUAUGUUGCUACUUUUAACAUAUGUAAAAGACGUGGAUUGUAACAAGGUGGAGUAAAGAGAGAAUCUGUGAACGUGACCACAAGUUUCACGUGCAUUUGUGGUACCGCCAUGAUGGAAGUUUUCUUUACUAUUAUGAUUUUUUUCCAUGGGUAUCUCAGAGUAAAAAGUCACCAUCACAUUC